UGCGAACGAAUGGGUGAAAAACGCCUUUGUGUAGCUUGCCAUAUCGUUGCUCAUUCAGCUUGUAUACCAUUACUCAAACAGAUAAAUAUGAAUUGUAAAGUAACUUAUCGUGACGUGCUUACAAGAUUUGAUCCAAAGAUGAAUGCAAUUGGACGACAUCAUUGGGUUCAUCGAUGGAAACUUGAAGGUCGAUGUAAUGAAUGUCGAAAAUCAUUUCAACAAAAAAUCUUUCAAAUUUUAAGAGGAUCUGAAAAAAUUGAGGAAGUACUGGCCAUCUCUUGUUCAUGGUGCAAGCGAUCUUACCAUAAUAAAACAUCUUGCUUUUCUCAAAAUCAGUUGGAGGAGCAAUGUGAUGGUGGUGCUCUAAAAAAUGUUAUCAUCCCAGCAUCUUGGAUUUGCCGUGUAAAUUUAUCGCGCAAGACUAAUCAAAAACAAUCUAAUUUACUGCAACAUAAGCGUGUAUUCUUUGUGAAGCCAUGCGAGUCAAUGAAAUUUACACCGUCUCAUCCUCUAAUUAUAUUUGUAAAUCCGAAAUCCGGUGGUAAUAAAGGAAUAAAAACAAUGCAAACGCUUUGUUGGCUUUUAAAUCCUCGUCAAGUUUUUGAUAUUUCUAUUAAAGGACCGAAAUUCGCACUUGAAAUGUAUAAGAGAGUUCCACAGUUACGGGUGCUUAUUUGUGGCGGUGAUGGAACUGUCGGUUGGGUGUUAAGUACUCUUGAUCAAUUGGCAUGGUCAGAUUAUCCACCUAUUGCUGUCUUGCCAUAUGGUACUGGUAACGAUCUUGCUAGGUGUCUUGGCUGGGGCGGUCAUUUUAACGAUGAGCCACUCAGCGAUCUUUUAAAGGCAAUUAUGUAUGAAACGGCAGUUGUUUUUCUUGACAGGUGGCAUCUCAAUGUUCAGCCUAAUGUUAGUCGUGCAAAUGAGUCAAGCGAGGAAAUGAAUGAAGCAGUACAGUGCACUUUGCCAUUAAAUGUUAUGAACAAUUAUUUUAGCAUUGGAGCUGAUGCGCAUAUUGCUCUUCAAUUUCAUCAUUCCAGAAGUGCAAAUCCACAAAUGCUUAAUAGUCGUUUCAAGAAUAGGAUCGCUUAUGGUGGCUUGGGUACCAUAGAUCUGUUUAAAAGAACGUGGAAGGAUUUGUCGGAUUACAUAACUCUUGAAUGCGAUGGCUGUGAUCUAACUCCUAAAAUUAAAGAAUUCAAGUACCACUGCAUUCUAUUUCAAAAUAUUCCUUAUUAUGCUGGUGGUACUGUACCUUGGGGAAAUGAUGAGAAUGGAUCCUGUCGACCAUCAACUUUUGAUCAUAAAGUUGAAGUACUUGGAUUCACAACAGCAUCACUGGCAGCCUUACAGAUGGGAGGUAAAGGUGAACGCUUGGCACAAUGUUGCCAUGUUCUCAUUACAACUACGAAAGCCAUUCCAAUGCAAGUGGAUGGUGAACCUUGCCUUCUUGCACCAUCCAUCAUAAGUCUUCAGUUUCAUAAUAAAGUUACUUGUGAAAUUGGCUAUAUUGUUAUCGAAACAGAUAUGGAUUUGCUCACAGUUCGCCAACAUAUCGACCGUCUUCUUAAUACCAAUCAAUCUGCGGCCAUUAAAUCGAGCAGAAAUUGGUUUUUCCUUGAUUACGUAAGUCACGCAGAUGAAGGUAUUUUUCGGUUGACGCCACAAGUAGAACAAUCAUCCGUCAUUUCUGACAUUUGUAAUGUUGAUGAAUGCGUUAUGAUAAUUGAAGAUUCUCAUCACCCGAGCACACAAAUGGACUUAAUAACCUCUAGAGAUUCGUCCGUUAAAUCAUCUUCUUCAAUGCUUAAUACUCACCUAAAGUUCUACCCACUAAUGAAUUCAUGA